AUGGAGAACAACGACAGUAACCACACCAGUUACUACCAAAGCGUAACGUCCAACAGUAACAGCAUUAAUAUUUUUUAUGAAGACAUAAAGCAGAACAGAAGUGACAAGCAAAAAUUAAAUGAGUGGAAAAGUGACAAACAUGUGAGUGGGAAACGGUCCAAAAAAGGGUACCAUUCGAAUGUGGGGUUUUUUCACCAUAAAAGGAAAAUAGCUGGUGAAAAGGAAAAUAGACUAUUUAUAGAAAAUGACAAGAUUGGUAAUAACUACUCCCAACGGGACUUAAAAAGAAAAGGUCACCUUCCCCAACAGAGUGGAAAAGGUAAUGCAGAUAAGUCGAAGGAAAACUUGCUCAUAGGUGCAUCUCCGGGGGGGAACAACACAGAGGGGAAUAACAAAUUGGGGCACCAUGUGAGAAGCUCCAAUGGAAAUAGUGGGCCCAUUCAGUGGGGUGCCCUUAACGGUGGUCAAGGUUACCCCUUAAAGCAGGCGCACAACCAGGGUGGUUAUGGUAAAGGUGAUAGGCGGACCCUCCACGAGAGCAAUCAUAACAAUAACAUUAGCAACCAUGGGGAGGGAGUAAGACUCACCAAAGAACUGCUCGACGAUCUGAAUAAGAGAAAUAAAAUUCUCGAUGAUGACAGUGAAGAAGAAGAAGACCAUGACAACCAGAACUUCCUCAUCUAUGUGAAGAAGAGGAUCAAGCAGAAGAAGGAGGAGGAGAAGCGGGAGAAAAGGGCCGAGAGGAGCAGAAGGAUAGGCAGGAAGGUAAGUAGGAGGACAGGCCGGAAGAUAAGCGGGAAGAUAGGACGUGGCCAGGCAGGCGGUCAGUGGGUGGGGGACCACCUUGGCGAACCUGAGAGCAUCCCUCACAAUCACCCCCAAAGUGAAGACCAGAUAAAAGACGCCAGUGGUACCCACGUGAACGAAAUUAUCGGGCAAAACAACACAGAAGGGAAACAAAUCGAAGAUCUGGAGACCCCCCCAAACGGAUGCAGCAACGGAAUGGCUCCUCCAAGUGGAAAAUACUAUGAUGAUACGAAAUGGACGAAUAACGGAAACAGAGAAAAUUCCAAUCAGGUAGAAACAUACAAAACAAUGGACGACAGUAGCUCCCUAUUUAGUGAUGAAUCGACCAAGGUGUAUGUCAAUAGGAAGAACCACGUUGAAUUUAAUAUGUGUGAAAAUCCCUGUGAUAUUUGGUAUGGGUUAAGAAAGAGGAAUGGCAAGCGCAUUUUUAUUAGCAGUUUGGGUGUGAAUGGGAAGAAGAAUAAAAACAAGGGGGGGAAUACAAGAAGUGGUAAUGCGAGGAAUAAUACUGGUAGAAGUGGUCAUAUUUGGGCUACCAACGGGAGAAGCGACCUAAUGAGGAAUUCUAAAAAGAGUAACAAUGGCAUUGUUAAUGGCAUUGUAAAUGGUAGUGUAAACAACACGAAUAAGAAGGGAAAGCCCAAGAACGUAGAAAGAUACUACAUAAGCAAGAAGAAGGGAAGCAGCAGCAGUUUGGCUAAGCUAAGUCGAGACAAACCCAAGGGAAAAAAGAGCUCCAAGAGCAACGUCAGAUAUGUUAAGUACAGUGCAGAGUGGAGCUCCAGUUACUGCUCCAAUGUAAUAAACAGCAAUGAUGGAAACCUCUCUGACAACACCAUUGCGACAAUGCACAUUGAUGGAAAUUGCAAAUAUAAUGAAGAAAGCAACGAGUACAGAAGUGGCAAAGGGAAUAAGCACACAUACAACUCCGCCACUUAUAGCGGUAAGAGUAAGAGAAGCCAUAGGAAGAAGGGGAAAAGUAAUAUUUUGCAGUUUAAUAAAAUGGACGGGGAAAACAAUUUUAUCAUUUCGCGUAAUGAUCAUCAUCAGCUAGCCAAAAAAUCUUCAAAAAAAAAAAGUAAAAAAAAUAUUAUGACCUGGUCAGGUAAAAAUAACAAUUAUGAGAAAAAACACAGAGUGCAUUUUGCGCCGGUGAAGGGUGCUAACAAGAACAUUUACUACGAUAACGACCAGGUGACCAAAAUUAGGAUCAAGGGGGCGGGAUCCCUGGGGUAUUUGAGUGACGGUGGUGGGAAAUGUGCAACAACUGCUUCCAACGUGGCCGCCAAUGCUGGUGAUGCACUCGACCGGGGUGAUCACAACGACGGAGCUAAUAACAAGACGGACGAGGAUGUAGGCCGAAAAAGUCACGUGCCCAUCGGGGGAACAAACAGUAGCAUGGACAUUAGUGCUGACAGCGGUGACCCCACAAACAGCGAUAGUAGCCAUUUAAAAACUCACUCCCUUUCGAUGCACAGCGGGCUUACUAAGAAGAAAGAGAAUAUUUCUAACGACGCCAGCGUAACGACAGACAAUAAAUGUAAAUCACUAAAUGGAAGUAUCCCUUCCAUCCCCUGUUGUGCCCCUAUACGACAGGAUCAUAACGAAAAUAUUUCACCUAGUUGUGAAAAAAAUUAUUUGAAGUCAUCCUGUGCGAAUAACGGAGGCGAAUUUCGCACUGAGGUUAAACCCACUGUGGACAAUGCGUGCAGUGCAAACCAACAUAAGGGAGUUGGACUGCACGGAUCAUAUCAGAGCUGUAAAAAUGGAUCCAAAAGAAUGAAUACACAUAAGACGCACAAAAUGAAUAACUACAACAACCACAGUUACAAUGUUGGCAGUUCUGCAUGCAAUCCGUCUGUGAGCAACAAAGAACAUGAGGGGAACUACUUGGCUCAUGCGUUGCCCCCUGAUGAUGCCGCUCUGCCAACGAUUCGCACUGAAACAAGUGAGUACUACUCCAGGAACAAGGGGAAGGAUUAUGUCGGUGCACCCAACUUUUACUACCAGCAUGGUGGAAAGAACGGGGGGUCCACUUACCACAGCCAUGCGAAUCACAAACCAUUUGACGUGAUCAAGGAGGAAACGCUUAUCGUGACGGAAGGAAGAGACAAAAUAAUUUCCCCCGAUAUUGCCUACACGGGUGAGCAAAACAGGAAGUACAAAAAUUACUACUACAAUAAUGCCAAAUUUGACUUUUCUUAUGAUAUUGAGGACGAUAUACGGAGGGGGAAGAAAAAAAAGUGGACCGCCAACAACUCCAACAGCAACGGCAACAAUGGGAACGGAAACGGCGUUCAUGGUGGUGCCCCCUUUGGCAGCAAGUCAACCUUUAAGAGUGCCAGAGAGAGGGUUCAGUCCUUACUGGCCAAGCGGAGGGGCGUGGACUUCUGA